GAAAGAACAGCAGCGGAGAUCCAAGAUGGUGGUCGCCGGGAAGAAGCAGAAGAAGACCCAGGAGAGCAUCAACAACAGAUUGGCGCUGGUGAUGAAGAGCGGCAAGUACACGCUGGGGUACAAGACGGUGCUCAAAUCGCUGCGGAGUGGAAAAGGGAAGCUUGUGCUCAUCUCCAACAAUUGCCCGCCCCUUCGCAAAUCGGAGAUCGAGUACUACGCGAUGCUCUCCAAGACGAACGUCCACCACUACAGCGGAAACAAUGUGGAGCUUGGCACCGCUUGCGGGAAAUACUACCGGGUUUCGUGCCUCACCAUCACAGACCCAGGCGAUUCGGACAUCAUCAAAUCUAUGUCUGCCGAGUGAAAGGAAAAUCUAUCAAUCAGCGCAACUCCAUUUUGAUCCUUGUAGCCCCUCUUACUCUCGAGAAACAUGGAAAUCUAAUGGGAAUUUUCGUCAAAUGUGGCCAA